AUGCGUCUCUCUCAAUAUUGGGGCAUUAUUGCCAUUGCCUCACAAUCAAUAAGUGUGGCGCAGGGGAAGCAACAAAGCAAGCAUACCAUGCUGCAGAGGUCGCUGGAGGCAGGUACUUGGGCUCUGGAGACGAGAGAUAUGUUUGAGAUUAAAACCUGUGAAUCCUGCCAGAAUCUCAUCAGUGUCAUCAAAGGGUUAGUUGAGGACAGCGACGAGCCUCUAGUCUCGAUUGGAACAAAAUUAUGCUUGGCUAGCACUUCUUAUGAUGAAGAGUUUUGCGCCGGUACCGUUGAGCGCGAGGCCCCCGCGCUGGCUGAACUGGCGCGCAACGUAGAGCCCAACUCGACGGCCGCCAUUCAGUUUUGCAUUACAUUUCUCGGUGUUUGCGACUAUCCCGAGGUGAAGAAAUGGGAGGUCCCGUUCCCAUCGAAGCCCUUUUGCGAUGCAAAGUCUCCCGCACCAAGUAACAAGAAGCCUCUCAAAGUCGUUCACUAUAGUGAUAUUCACGUGGAUCCGCUCUAUGUCGCGGGCUCCAGCACCGAGUGCAAGAAGCCGAUUUGCUGCCGACCGUUUGCCAAAAAGGAUGAGCCAGGGAAUGCAAAGUCUCCUGCUGGCCCGUACGGGGACCAUAACUGCGGCGUGCCAGAAUCGCUGGAAUCAAGCAUGUACAAUGCAAUCAAGAAGAUGUUUCCUGAUCAAAUAUUUACCAUCUUCACCGGCGACAUUGUUGAUCACAUGAUUUCGAAUACCAGCAAGCCUUAUAAUUUGAAAGAGAUCGACGACGCCUAUAACAAGAUGAAUGACAGCUUCAAGCUCGUAUACGGCACAAUUGGAAACCACGAAGUGCAUCCUGUCAACAUUUUCGAACCAAAAUCCAUAGGAAACGCAACCCAGUGGGUGUAUGAUGCCAUUGCAAAGAAAUGGGCGUCGUGGAUUGGAGACACUGCCGAGCAACAAGUCCUCGAUAUCGGCGCAUACUCAACCAAGUACCCCAACGGCAACUUGCGCAUCAUUUCUCUAAACACCAACAUGUACUACCGGUUCAACUUUGCCGUGUACCAGAAAGACAUGCUUCAAGACCCCAACGGACAGCUGGCGUGGCUGGUCAAGGAGCUCGACAAGGCGGAAAAGAAGGGCGAAAACGUCUACAUUAUCGGCCACAUGCCCAUGGGCAUGCCCGAUGCCCUGACCGACCCGGCCAACUACUUUGACCAGAUUGUCCGGCGGUACGCGACCACCAUUCGCGGCCUGUUCUUUGGCCACACGCACAUGGAUCAUUUCGAAGUCAGCUACUCGGACUACUCGAAGCGCGACGCAUCGCACGCCACGGCCAUGUCCUACAUCUGCCCAGCACUCUUGCCCACGUCUGGCAUGCCCGCUUUCCGCGUAUACGACGUCGAUCCCGACACAUUUGCCAUUCUCGAUGCCGUCACCUACAUUGCCGACAUGACCGAUCCCGAGUAUCAAAAGUCCGGGCCGACGUGGAAGAAAUACUACUCCGCCAAAGAGUCCUACGGCUCACUACUCUCUCCGCCCAUUGCAGCAGCCGAGGCCGAGCUCACACCGGCUUUCUGGCACAAUGUCACUUUAGCUUUUGAAAGCAACGCCACGCUGUUUGACGAAUACGUGUCGCGCAAGAGCCGGGGGUGGAUCAAAAAAAGUUGCCAGGGAGACUGCAAGGAGCAGGAAAUCUGCCAGCUGCGUGCCGGUCGCAGCCAGAGCAACUGCCACAAGAUCAAGCCCGGUGCGACCUUUGUCAAGAGGGACAAUGGCCUGGAGCGACCGAAGCGUGCGCGCUGCGACAAUUCAGUCAUGCCCGAUAUGCUGCGCCUGCUCGCCUCCCGACAGGAUCUGCUUGAGGAUCUUCAGGCGAGGUUCAUUGCGAGCGGUGCAAGAAUCAAGCCUUGGAAGCAGGAAAGUCUCCCUAUUCGCAACAGGGCAUCAGUUUCGCCCAACUCAACAGACACUGGUGCGGAAUGCGUGGAGCGCGGCUCGGCCACUUCGGGGAGUGCAAGCGGUACAGCGCCCUUGCUCACAGAAACCAACGCGCCAAAGUCAUUGGCAUUUACAUUGCAGUGUCCAUCCGCACUUUCCAUCGUCUUUGUACUCGCUCUCACUCUAGUCCUCCACUGA